AAAAAAAAGACAGAAAACGGAAAUUCCAAUUUCGAAGUACCCAGGUAGUCAGAGCUUGCAGGUGAAGCAAAGGUUCAUCAAGAAAAGCAUCAUCAUCAAAAUCACGUGCUGCUUGGGGUUAAUCGCAUCAAUCUUACUCCAUCAAUGGCUGAUAUCAUGUGAUCUCCCAAAACUCGAAGCGUUACCGUUGCAAAAUCGAUAAAAACGAGCUCACUCAAUCAUUAACCCACCCUCCUCCGAAAAUUAAAUAAAGUUUCAAAAAAGUCCACCCAAGGCCGAGGGGGAAGGGAUAACCUCCGAAGUACCCCACAACAAAUACUCAUGUACCACAUUUUCCCACGAUCUAAGAAACAGAAGAAAUCUGAGUUUUGAGCUUCGAUAAACAAAACAGGAAUUGAAUUUAUUUGAUUCUUAAAAUCUCCCCUGCAAAUUUUUUUUUCCUUUUUGAUGGGUGAUUCUCAGGUACAAACAGAGGCAGAGCAACCACCUCCCGCGCAAAUCCCUCUGCUCAAUUCAAACAACCGAGACGACGCCGCUCAAACCCAGUUACGACGACGAGACCAAGAAUACCGAAUAGGCGACGAUCUCGAUGAUUCCCUGGAAAAGUUGGAGAGGUUUUUGAGUUUUCUCGGUUUCAAUCAGUCUUCUUUGUUGAGCUGUUCCUUGUCCUGGGCGGCGUUCUCGGUGGUUGGGGUUUUGGUUCCUGUUUUGGUCCUGGAACUUUCCAAAUGCGACGGUUGCGAGACGUAUCAGAUUAAGGAUUUCGAGCUGGAUAUCGUGGCUUCUCAGGCUUGUUUGGCGGCCGUUUCUUUGUUUUGCGUUUCGUCUAAUCUCAGAAAGUACGGUAUUAGGAGGUUUCUGUUUCUUGAUCGAUACGGUGGUCAAAUGGCUCGUUUCACCAGCCUUUAUGUUAAGCAGAUUUGGGAUUCCAUGCGCCUGCUAAUAUGGUGGUCACUGCCAUGCUUCAUUUUGAAGACCGCACGGGAGAUCAUCCGUGUUUUAUAUGUGCAACGUGAUUCGUGGUGGAUAUCUGUUGUUAUUUUAUUAGCUUUGAUUUUGUCCUGGACUUGUGUGAGUACAAUUAGUCUAUCCGCCAGCAUUUUGUUUCAUUUAGUCUGCAACUUGCAAGUUAUUCACUUUGAUGAUUACGCAAAGUUCUUGGAAAGAGAAUCUGAUGUUUUGGUAUUUAUAGAGGAGCACAGUCGACUACGGCAUCAUCUCUCCAAGAUAAGCCAUAGGUUCAGAAUUUUUCUUCUUUUAGAGUUCUUGGUUGUCACAGCUAGCCAAUUUGUGACUCUUUUCCAGACAACUGGAUAUAGUGGAAUGGUUAACUUCAUAAAUGGCGGUGAUUUUGCAGUCUCCUCAAUUGUUCAAGUUGUUGGGAUUAUUCUUUGCUUGCAUGCAGCCACAAAAAUUUCUCACAGAGCUCAAGGAAUUGCAUCACUUGCAAGUAGAUGGCAUGCAUUGGCGACAUGCACUUCAACUGAAGCAUCCCUGAGAGGUUCAAACAGUGUUGGGAACAUGGAAGCUUUCAAUCAAUUGAACUCACUACAUAUGACUUUUUCUGAAAGUGAUCUGGAGUCAGUGGAUUACGUUGCCAUGCCUACAACUACACAGUUAGCUUCUUAUAUGUCUUCAUAUCACAGAAGACAAGCUUUUGUGAUGUAUCUGCAGGCCAAUCCUGGAGGCAUUACUAUAUUUGGAUGGACAGUUGACCGGGGUCUUAUCAACACAAUCUUUUUCAUUGAACUUACCCUGAUCACGUUUGUGCUUGGAAAGACCAUAGUCUUCAGUUCUACGUAAAUGACUUCCAUCAGAAACCAGUUUUUGACACACUUUCAGUAUGAAUUCCAAAGAAUUAUGAGACUGGACUUGGUUGCAGGUCACACAACUUGUCACUAGCGGGACUGCACACGGUUAAUUUACAUUUUAAGGCUAUCCAUCUCUUCACGUUUGGGACCGAGCAGCAUGAUAAAUAGUUGCGGUCCGAAUGGGGAAUAACCAAGGUAGGCAGUCAUUGUCCGACAAGGCUUUCGGAAAUUAUGACAAAUACGGCGCCGCUCGCAUGCAGGCACCUUAGUAGUCAAUUUAUAUACUUGGUUGCAUACCCAACACCACAAUUUUGUGUUUGGUAAAUACUUUGUUGUGUACCCAACAAUACUGGUUUUUUGUGUUUCGGCGAAAAAAAAUUUCUGCAUUCACCCAGUUAUGUAUCCCUUGGUUCAAAACGUGAAGGAAGAUUUUACAACCAAUGUUACAAAACAAAAUCCGCAGAAUAAAUUUAUCAUC